UUCACAUAAUCAAUCGCUACACACACAUUGAGGUCUAUUUUGUUGGAUCAGUUCAGAAAGCAAGGACAAUUUGCCCAUACAUUCAAAAACUAGUCAUGAAGGUUGUCAGUGACAGUGCUGGUUCUCUCAGUGUUGAACACAAUCAUGUCAAUGCAUUCUCUUGUCCUAAAGAUAAGAGCUGUUACUGUGUUAUAGAGGAAGACUUUGAAGUUAAUUGUACAUCAUGUGAUGAGUCAGCUGAUAUACAACUAAGUGAUGCUAUUGCUAGCUACUGGUGCUGGUUUGAUUUAGACUGUGGCCCUAAAGUAGUAACCUCAGACUCAGAAUAUUCACAAACACUCAAUAUAAGUUGUUUGGAUCAGAUCUUAACUGAUAUGAAAGAGGGUCAUUUUCGAAAUUGCAGUUGGUUUGAUCUAGGACUGAAACUGGGCUUAUAUGAUACAACUCUGAGUGAUAUAGAAUCAAAUUCUACUGAAGUAGAAGAAUGCCUAAGAAAAUGUAUUGCUAAAUGGUUAGAAGGAGCAGAUGGGGUAAAUGCUAAAGGAAGACCAAGCUGGACCACACUGGUUAAAGCUCUUGAACAAUGUGAUAAAAGGUCAACAGCUGAUCACAUCAGGUGUAAGAGAUUAACAAGAGCUGCUCAUCAAUAGAGAAUAGCUUUAGUUGUGUAACUUGUGCUUAAUUACAGUAAAAUUUUUUAGUUGAUAGUAUGAUUAUGGUAAAAUUUUAAAUGUAUCCUUAAUUUAUGAAUUAUUUUGUAAAAUUUUUAUUGUUAUUUUUGAGUCAAUACUCUGCUGUAAAUAUGUGUUUUGUUAUUCAAAAUAAUUCUUUAUGCUUUGAUAAUA